AUGGUUGCGAGGGGCAGCGGGGUGCCGGAGGGGGCGCAGGGCGACAUCGCCACAGACUCUCCGGGUGCUGAGGAGGAGACGCCAGACGAGACUGGCGCGGGGGCGCCAGAAGGACAGCAGCUAGACACGCCCGAGGAUAGACCGGCCGAGGGUUCCAGCGAACCAGGGAUAGCCAGUGAUGAUCCAUGGCAGGGCGCAGGACGAGAUCCAUGGUCGCAGGGUGCCAACAGCCAUUUUGGCGGGAGCGCCUGGAACGACUGGUGGUGGCAGAGCGGCAACAGCUACCACAAUUGGAGAUCGCAGACUUGGGAGUGGAGAGGGAACUGGGCAGUGAUACCAGUGCCAGAGCAGCCUCCACUCCCGACGGCGCUGAUGAACGAGCAGACGCAGCCGGCGGCAAGAGCAGCAAUCGAGACAGGCGCCGCGGCCUCGUCGUCGGCGGCAGCGCCCCCGCCGACCACGACGGCCACGGCCCAGCCAGUCGCCGAGUCCCGCCCCGCUGUCGCGGGAGCCGGCGCCGCGGCUGUGCCAGCAGCAGCAGCGUCUACGCCCGCGGCAGUCGGCGUCCAGGGCUCCGUCGCGGCUCAGCAGCCUCAGGCUCCCUGGCCGUGGGGCGGCAGCGUGGGCGGCCACAGCAGCGGAUGGAAGCCAAAUGACACGCAGGGACCCGCCCCAUGGGCGGGAUUCGAGAGGCUCGACACGUGGCUGGUGCAAGUGAGGCGGUGGAGUCGUCGGACGGGCCUGCCGCCGGAGCAACGGGCGGGCAAGGUCAUCGACGGGCUGCCGGCGGACCUGCAGGAGAGGCUCUUGCACUACGCCGACGAGCUGGACAGCAUCAACGGCAUGGAGACGCUCUUCCAGUUCAUGAGGAGGUGCCGUGGCGACCAGGACGGCGACGAGGCGAAGGAGGCAUGCCGCCUCGCGCUGGAGGACACAGAGAUUCGAGCAGGAGAGACUUACGCGCAGUAUGUGAUGAGGAGAGAUGUGCAGGUGAGAACAGCGCGUCGACACGGUCUGGAGCUCCCGGAAAAGAUUCAGGUGCAACAGCUGAAGAACGGCGCGGGGCUGUCAGAUCAGAACCUGAUCAAUCUGAUGUCAAUCGCUCAGGGGCAGGAGGACCUGGAGUCCAUCCGGCGAGGGCUGAUGAAGAUGGACGUCAGAAGGAAGGGGUCCACCAAGAAGCAGAAGGUGUACGCGGUCGACGGCGACAGCGAGGAAGACGAACAGGACGUGACGUACCUGGAGCUGGAGGAGGACCUCAUCAUGGACGACGAGGAAGUGAUGUCGUUCUACGAGGCCAUCUCGGCUCAGGAGUUCGACGAGGACCAGGCGUGCAUGGUGCUGGCCGCCGUUCUCGACGAGAAGAGGCAGAAGGAGGGCAGACCUCGUCGCUGGGCCGAGUCGAAGGAGCUGAAGGCAGCGAUUGCCAGGGAUCGAGGCUUCUUCGAUUCCAAGAGGAGCGGGG